AUGGUCGAUGUCAGCUUGGGUUUUUCUUUUUUCUUUUUUUUUUCUUUUAGCUCUAUCUCCCAUUUCCUUUUUUUUCUUAGCUUCAACUUUUUUCCCCCCUGUUAUCUCUUUUUCUUCUUUGCUUCUGUUCUCAUCCUACUGUUUUUCUCCCUUAUAUUCAAACUCUCAUUUUUAUUUCUUAUUUUUCAUAUCUCUUCCUUCUCUGUCUAUUUUCUUAACCUGUUAUUUUUUCUAACUUUUUUCAUUCUUUUCCUUCUCUCUCUCCGAUCAUUUCUCUCUUUCUCUCUCUCCCUCCGAUCAUUUCUCUCUCUCUCUCUCUCUCUCCCUCCGAUCAUUUCUCUCUCUCUCCCUCCGAUCAUUUCUCUCUCUCCCUCCAUUUCUCAUUUCUCUCUCUCUCUCCCUCCUCUCUCUCCUCCCUCAUUUCUCUCUCUCUCUCCCUCCAUUUCUCUCUCUCUCCCUCAUCAUUUCUCUCUCUCUCCCUCCGAUCAUUUCUCUCUCUCUCUCCCUCCGAUCAUUUCUCUCUCUCUCUCCCCCCACGAUCAUUUCUCUCUCUCUCCCCCUCCGAUCAUUUCUCUCUCUCUCCCCCCCCCAGUCAUUUCUCUCUCUCUCUCCCCACCGAUUUCUCUCAUUUCUCUCUCUCUCUCCCCCUCCGAUCAUUUCUCUCUCUCUCUCCCCUCCGAUUCUCAUUCUCUCUCUCUCUCCCCCCCUCCUCGAUCAUUUCUCUCUCUCUCUCUCCCCCUCCGAUCAUUUCUCUCUCUCUCUCUCCCCCUCCGAUCAUUUCUCUCUCUCUCUCCCCCCCCCCCCGAUCAUUCUCUCUCUCUCUCCCCCCUCCGAUCAUUUCUCUCUCUCUCUCCCCUCCGAUCAUUUCUCUCUCUCUCCCCCUCCGAUCAUUUCUCUCUCUCUCUCCCCUCCGAUCAUUUCUCUCUCUCUCUCCCCUCCUCUCGAUCAUUUCUCUCUCUCUCUCCCCCUCUCCUCUCUCUCUCAUUUUCUCUCUCUCCCCUCCCUAUCAUUUCUCUCUCUCUCUCCCCUCUGAUCAUUUUUCUCUCUCUUUCUUCCCCUCCUCUUCUGACUUUUUUCUCUCUCUCUCUCCCCUUCCUUUUUUCCCCCCUCAUUUUUUCUUCUUUGCUCUCUCUCUCCCCCUCUUAUUCAUCUCAUUUUAUUUCUCUCUCUCUCUGUCUCCCCUCCGAUUUUUUCUCUCUUUUCUCUCUCCCUCUCUCUCUCUCUCUCUCUCUCUCGAUCAUUUUUUCUCUCUCUCUCUCUCUCUCCGAUCAUUUUCUCUCUCUCUCUCCUCCUCUCCGAUCAUUUUCUCUCUCUCUCCGAUCAUUUUCUCUCUCUCUUUCUCUCUCUCUCCGAUCAUUUUCUCUCUCUCUCUCUCCGAUCAUUUUUUCUCUCUCUUCUCUCUCUCGAUCAUUUUUCUCUCUCUCUCUGAUCAUUUUUCUCUCUCUUUUUUCCCUCCUCUUCUGA